UUUGUCGAGCUUCGACGCGCCGCCAUGACGUCUCUGCUGCUGCGCCCUACGCAGCUCCUGCUGCACUCGCAGCGCUCGCUGCGCGCCCCGAUGCUCCGCAAGACGGCGGCGCUCAGCUCCAGCGCUGGCAACAGCGGCGCCCCCGCGGGCCUCACGUCGCUGCAGAAGGCGUCGCUGGGCCUGGCCGCCAUGUUCGGCGGUGGCUACGCCAUUGGCUACUUUUUCGGCCCCUUCCCGUCGCUGGAGGAGCUCACGGGCGUCAACACCGUCGCUGGAGGCGCCCAGUACAAGGGCGAGCUGAUCGUGACGGACAAGGUGUUCUUCGACAUCGGCAUCAACGACGACUACGUGGGCAAGAUCGUCAUGGGGCUCUACGGAGAAGUGCAGCCGCGCACGGUGGAGAACUUCCGGGCUCUGUGCACGGGCGAGAAGGGCGAGUCGCGGGCCGGCCCGCCGCUGUGGUACAAGGGCUCGAGCUUCCACCGCAUCAUCCCCGGCUUCAUGAUUCAGGGUGGAGAUUUCACGCAGCACAAUGGACGCGGAGGCGAGUCAAUUUACGGCCGUCGCUUCGACGAUGAGGACCUCAGCGUCCCCCACGCUGGCCCCGGCACGCUGAGUAUGGCGAACGCUGGCCCCAACACGAACGGCAGCCAGUUCUUCAUUUGCACGGGUGACACGCCGUGGCUGGACGGCAAGCACGUCGUGUUUGGACGCGUGCUGGAGGGUAUGGACGUCGUGGACAUCAUCUCGAGCUGCGGAAGGCGCUCGGGCAAGCCUUCGGCUCAGGUCAAGAUCAUCAACUGCGGCGUGCUGGAUGCGGACGCGGACGCUGCUGCGGAGACGAACGAGCCCAAGCGCCUGACACGCGAGGAGAUGCAGGACCGCCUCGAGUCGCUGCGUGAGGUGGAGGGCAACUUCAUGGCGCAGAAGGACCAGAUCGACCCCACCAUGUACGAGCAGCUGAUGGCCGAGAUUAAACACGAGAAGCUGCGCAUCAAGAAGGAGAUCAAGAAGCCGCAGACGCAGGAAUAAGGGACGCCGGGGAAUGAAGCUCACAUGGAGCAAAUGUGACGGGUCAUCAACCACCUCAAUUUUUGCUGGGUCUCCAUAAUAAACGGAAGCUGCUGGCUUUGACUGAGAAGUCGUCGAGCCAAUUCAUGCAGUGGAUGGAUAGUAGCAGUUCA